AUGGGUCGUAUCAUUAGAGCUCAAAGAAAGGGUAAAGCCGGAUCAGUUUUUGGUGCCCACACCCACCACCGUAAGGGUGCUCCAUCCUUCCGUGCCCUCGACUAUGCCGAGCGUAACGGUUACAUCAAGGGUGUCGUCAGUGAGAUCAUCCACGAUCCAGGUAGAGGUGCUCCAUUGGCCCGUGUCGUCUUCAGAGAUACCUCAUCCUUCAAGCAAGACAAGCAAUUGUUCAUUGCCCCAGAAGGUAUGUACACCGGUCAAUUCGUCUUUGCCGGUAAGAAGGCUACCUUGACCAUCGGUAACAUCUUGCCAGUCGGUAAGUUGCCAGAAGGUACCAUCGUCUGUAACUUGGAAGAGCGUGUUGGUGACUGCGGUGCCAUCGCCCGUUGCUCCGGUAACUACGCCACCAUCGUCUCUCACAACACCGACGACGGUAUCACCCGUAUCAAGUUGCCAUCCGGUGCCAAGAAGAACAUCGCCUCCACCUGUCGUGCUAUGAUCGGUAUCGUCUCUGGUGGUGGUCGUAUUGACAAGCCAAUCUUGAAGGCUGGUCGUGCAUUCCACAAAUACAGAGUUAAGAAGAAUAACUGGCCAAAGGUACGUGGUGUUGCUAUGAACCCAGUAGAGCAUCCCCAUGGUGGUGGUAACCAUCAACACAUUGGUCAUGCCUCUACUACCAAGAGAGAUGAUCCAGCUGGUAAGAAGGUCGGUCUUAUUGCUGCCAGACGUACCGGUAGAUUGAGAGGAAAGGUUUCUGAUGAUUAA